AUGAGCACCACUGAAACCAACCGUACAUAGGAACAUAACCUUAAAUGACAUAUUAUUGGACUCUGAAUUUGAGGCACAUAUUUCAGGUUUUGGGCGUGCAAAGAUGUCUACGUAUUCUCAAUUGUCCUCAAGAUAUGAGGGCUCCCUAGGAUACAUGCCCCCAGAAUAUACAGACAGUGUGAACGUUUUUAAUGUGAAGGUGGAUGUGUACAGUUUUGGGUUUUUAAUGUUGGAAGCCGCCACUGGUCGUCAGCCGGCGAUUGAAGAACUGUGGUUACCGGAAUGGGCCAUCAAAGUGGUGAGUGAAAAUCGUGAAAUGCAAAUGGUUCAUCCUCAGAUCAUCAGGGCGAGUGGAGUUAGUGAGGCUAGCGUGAAGGGAGCUGCAAAGAGACAGGCCUACAAUGGCAGCGGUUGUAGAUUUGCUGGACACACAUACUUGCGUCUGAUACAUAUCACGCAUACUCUCCUCUCGUGGUCCUCAUUUGUGCAGCUGAUACAUCAGUGUUCUUCGUCCUUUGCUGUGCUCUGUGUCUGCCGAUCGUCCGCCGUUAGUCCGUCACUCGUCCGUCGCUAG